AUGGGACCACAACUGACUAAUCUAUCUGAUGCUGACAACAAACGAGAUAAUACUGUCCCUUAUGAGGAACUGCGCACUAUUAUCAGUGAUAUUUUUGAGCGUCACGAGGCUGCCUUGUGCAAGAGAGUAGACCAUAUGAAUGCAUCGUUAGAGAGGCGGCUGGCUGCCUUUGACGAGAAACUGCAACAGUAUGAAGAGAAACUGUGUGCACGGGAGAGACAGGAGCGCACACAACUUGAUGACGUUGUUGCCCUAGUAAGGCAGCACUCUGUGUACCUAGAAAGCCUACGACAGUUUGCGGAAGACACCAAGUCUUUAAUUGUCAAAGUAAGUAAUACACAGGAGCAAAGAUUAUUAUCCUUAGCCCAAGAAUUGACAGACACAAAAAUGAAAGAGGCUAGUCGUAUUCAAGAUGAGUUGGAAAAAUGCUCCACUUUGGUUGGGAAACUGGACGAGGCUAGAGAAAAACAAGCAGAUCUUCACAACAGUUGGAAUCAAAGAUUGGACCAGAACGCGAAUUUUUCACAGAGUCAAUUGAGCCUUUUAAACUGUCUCUAUGAGCAACAGGAACAAGGGCUUAACCGUUUGAGUCAGGUGAAUGAAGAGAACACCAACAACUGUUCGAACCUGUCAAGGUUGGUGGUAGAACAAAGUGCCAUGCUGAACGUUGUACAAGAUGUUCAAAAACAGGAGUCAAGUGUCUUACAGUUUGUGAACCAUAUUCAGGGGAAGAUGUGUACGACUCAAGAAAAAGAAGAAUCUGUUUUGGAGACUCUCAUUUCGAUCCAAGAGGGGGAAAGAACAGUGUUAUCCUCAGUGAACGAGCUGAAGACGACAGAAGAGGGACUGCUGGAACAUAUGGCACAAAUACAAGAAAAGGAACAAAAGAAUGCAGAGACGAUGGCCUCCCUUCUCACGUGUGCGACCAACUUGAUGAAUGAAGAAUUCCAAGUUUUACAGAAAAUAAAAAAUACAUUAGAUGACGAGAACAGCAGGCUUGCCAGCAUAGGCGAGGUGUUGAGAAACAUGAGCCAAAACUGUCAGUCUGUCACGGGCAUGAUUGCUCAAGGCGGAGAACUCACCAACAGAAUACAGACAGCGCUGACCAGUGCAUCGAACUAUGUCGCUGCAGCCGGGGAACUGGUCAGGCUAGAAGAGCACAAGGCGGAGACGAUAACUCGGCUGCAAGAAGAAGAGGAAAGACUUUGCUCUUUGUUAAAAACCGCGCACGUCACUGGCAGUCAGAUGGCUGCGGAGAUCUGCGGCCUGCAUAACAAAAUGGACGAGCUCACGAAGCAGCAGGGCUGUGUUUUAAGAGAGUUAGGCCAAGUACAAAGUGAAAGCCGAAACGCUUUGGCUGCCACUGAAGACAUCCAGAAAAGAGAAAACAAUUCGCUCAGGGACAUUGAGAAUCUUCAAGUGAAAGAAGACGAACUACUCCGACUCUUGUCCACCACUCAGAGCACAGAGAACGCUGUGUUGGCAAGCGCGUCCGAAGUUCUGCGAAACGAAAACAAACAUCUUAAGACUAUUCAGACUAUUUUGGGUGAACAAAAAGAAACCAGCAAAUCGCUCUCCACGCUACAGAACAACGAGAUCUGUGUGUUGGACAAGCUGACCGAGGGUCAGCGACUGACGAACGACACGUGCACGGCCCUGGCGGAGAACACUAAGCUGGGCUUCCAGAGCGUGGUGAGCAGCCUUGAGCAGUGUCAGACAAAGGAGGACGGACACCACUCACAGGUCAAGUGGGAGCUGCUGGAGCUACGCAAUCUGCAGUCACAGCUCAGCCACAACAGCUCCGUGCACGUGCAAGACUGCACCAAGCACCUGGCCGACCUUAUACAGAACCAGUCCGUCUAG